AUGGCAGAGAGCCCAGUGAAUUACCUACUCAACAAGCUCGCACAAUUUGUUGAGAACGAGGUGCAAGUCCUGACAGGAGCCCAAGAAGAAGCCCUAUCAGUGAGAGGAGAAUUAGAGCGAGUCCGGGCCUUCCUCAGGGUUGCAGAUUCCCUAGAAGAAAGCGACAAUGAAGUCAAAGUGUGGGUGCAGCAGUUGAGAAACACAGCCUACGACAUGGAGGACGCUCUCGAUGAGUUCUCUCUGCUCCUGAGACAUGAUCAUGGAGUCGGUUUCAUCAGCCUCAUCAGCAGGAUGUCUUGCUGCAUCAAGAACCUGAAGGCUCGGUACCGACUCACAUCUGAAAUAAAGCGCAUAAACUCCAAAGUAAAGGGCAUAUGCAAUGGGCACCGGAGGCUGCGCCACAAAUUCAGCAGAGCUCAACAAAAUCCGAGCUCAACUGGAGCAGACAACACAUGGCAGGACCACCGAGGCAAUGCCCUUCUCGUAGAUGAAACUGACCUGGUAGGCAUUGAGCAGCCGAAGAAUGAGCUGGUCGGGCGGUUACUUGAGGGGGCUCUCGGGCGGGAGGUCAUCUCCAUCGUGGGAAUGGGAGGGUUGGGCAAAACCACUCUGGUGAAGCAAGUCUACGAAGACCCCACCGUGAAGAAACAUUUCACGGCGUAUGCUUGGAUCACUCUCUCUGGGUCCUCAAAGAUCGAAGAGCUCCUCACAGACAUGCUUGAUCAGAUCAUGAAAGUGAUCAGGACACCGGUCCCUCCAGGAGCCUACACUAUGAAUAGCCAUUGGCUGAAGACGAUCAUCAAGGACCUGCUUCAGAGGAGGAGGUACCUGAUCAUCCUCGAUGACGCCUGGUGCAUAAACGAAUGGGAUGCAGUCAAGCAUGCCUUGCCCAACAACUGUCAGGGAAGCCGGGUGAUCAUCACGACUCGGAAUGCUGAUCUCGCAUCAACCACGUGCAAGGAGUUCAACGGGCUGGCUAAAAAUAUGGAGCCACUUGAUCCCGCUCAGUCAUGGGAGCUUUUCUGUCGGAAGACUUUUCAGGGGAAUUCAUGCCCUUCCCCCCUGGAGGAGAUAUGUGAGUACAUUUUGAAAAAGUGUGAAGGACUACCACUCGCAAUUGUGGCCAUCAGUGGCGUUCUGGCAGGGAAAGACAAACGGAGGAUCUAUGAAUGGGAAUUGGUUCGUCGCAGUCUUCGUACUGAGAUUGACUGCAACGACAAACUCAAAAAUUUGAAAAGAGUUCUUUCGCUGAGCUUUAAUGAUCUGCCAUACUACCUGAAAUCCUGUUUCUUGCACUUAAGUUUAUUUCCCAAGGGUCACCACAUCAAAUGUCAGAGACUGAUUCGGUUAUGGAUCGCAGAAGGAUUUGUUGAAAAGAAAGAAGGAAAGACCCUCGAAGAAGUUGCUAAGGACUACUUCGUGGAGCUGUUGAACAGAAGCUUGAUAGAGGUGGCUGCUAAACAAAGUGAUGGAAGGGUCAAGACUUGCCGCAUCCAUGAUUUGCUGCAGGACAUUAUCACUUCAAGGUCGACUGAUCAGGGCUUUGCCGAAAUAGCCAAAGAAGAAAAUCGUGAAUGGACAGACAAAAUCCGUCGCCUGUCAAUACAGAACACCCUGCAAACUAUGCCACGGAAUUGGUCCUUGUCUCAACUUCGCUCUUUAUAUUUGUUUGGGGUAGAGAAAUCAUUAAUGAACUCAGUUUUAGCUUGUGAUAUGAAACUGCUCAAUGUUUUGGAUAUGCAAGCGGCUCCUUUAACAAGGUUCCCUGCUCAAGUUGCUGAUUGGUGUUGUCUGAGAUAUCUAAGUUUCAGGUCCACUGAGGUGAGUAUGAUUCCACGCUCUAUUGGGAAACUUCAAAACUUGGAGACUCUAGACCUUAAACACACAAAUGUCACCGAAUUGCCUGUUGAGAUCUUGAAACUCCAACGGCUUCGUCAUCUCCUUGUUUAUCGCUACAAGAAUGUGUCCUAUUCAUCCUUCAAGUUCGGCUUCAAGGCCCUUAGGGGAAUAGGGGCUUUGGUAAUCCCUUCAAAGCUCUGCUAUUUAGAGGCAGAUGACGAAAGUAGCAGCAGUGUGAUAAAGAGCUUGGAAUCUUCUGUUGAUGAUGAUGAGGUUAUUGAUCUGCAACACGUCUCGAGUCCACCUCCAUUCCUUGAGAGAAUCUACUUGAGAGGACGCUUGGGGGCUUUACCACACUGGUUACCCUCUCUCAGUAGCCUGAUGAAAUUGAACCUGAGGUGCAGUCGCCUAAAAAAUGACCCUCUUGUGCCUCUCGAAAAUCUGCCAAAUCUUGUGCAUCUCGUGUUGCUUCAGGUUUACGAAGGAAGCUCAUUGUGCUUCAAAGCAGAAUCAUUUAAGAAGCUAAAGACUCUGGGUCUUGAUCAAUUUGAUGAACUCAGGUCCGUAGAAGUGGAGAAGGGAGCAAUGCCUUAUCUUGAGAUGUUUAUCAUUCAGCGUUGCAAGUUACUAGAGAAGCUUCCAUCAGGUAUUGAAUAUCUGAAAAAGCUGGAAGUGCUGAAGAUUUUCGAUAUGCCAGAUGAGCUCGUCAAGAAGCUUGUGCUAGGUGGGCAAAAUGAUGACUAUCAGAAAGUUGCGCAUGUUCCACAAUUAUAUUAUGGGCACUGGAAAGACGGGGGUUGGGAUGUCCAGUUAAUCGAAAGAUCAGUGCAGAGAGAUCAUUGCAGAGAGAUCAGAUCAGUGCAUGUUCCAAGCACGAGUACGAGUAGCAAUCAGUACCCACCAUGUUGGAAGUGA